AUGUGUAUUUCGAACCCCAACUCAAUUUCUGAUCAGACUGAUCUAGUGGCUAUGAAGGCUCGGUUGUGGGCACUUUUGAGAAAAGAAGAACACGAGUGGCUUCAAAAAUCCAGACUUAAAUGGUUCAAAGAAGGCGACAUAAACAUGAAGUUUUUCCACUUAACGGCUUCUUCUAGAGCGAAACGAAACCAGAUUUCUAAACUGAAGGAGAUCCCGGUUAAGAGAUUAAGUGUUGGUUCAAGAAGGCUACUUGAAAGACUAUUUUCUGAAGAAGAGGUUUGGAAUAUGUCAUGUCGUUUAUGUCUUAUUGAGGAUUCAUCUUUCAAUAAUUCCUUCAUAUCUCUUAUCCCGAAGAUAGAUGAGGCGGUUUCUCCGGAGGAUUAUAGACCACUUUCGCUGGUGGGAAGUUUGAAUAAAAUAGUUUCUCGGGUUAUGGCAAGGAGAAUGGCUUCUUGUCUCAAAGAGGUGGUGGGGGAGAACCAGUUUGCGUUUAUUGUAGGUAAACAGAUUGUCGAUUGCGUCCUGAUAGCAAAUGAAGUCAUUGAUGACCUUUCUAAGAAAAAAAAGAAGCUUUGA